AUGGAAGGAGGCGGUGAGCGGGCGCGGGUGGCGGUGGCGGGUGCGGGCCCCACGUGGGGCUGGCGGGCUGCUGGGCCUUCCGACCUCCAGGUCGGGCCGGACAGAUGUGGGCGCCCCGGUGCACGGGGCGCGGGCCGCUCGCUGGUACCGGUAUCUAGCUGCCGGGGCGUCUGGGAGCUGCCUGGGGGCAGCCUUGUUCCCUGUGGGGUUCAGCAUGUAGCCAGUGGUGGUCGCAGUCAGCGUGUGCCGAGCAGUGUUCCAAGUGCACCCCUGGAAGUCCUCGAAGAAAGUCACUCAGGAUGUGUUCUACCUACAAGUCUCGGGACCAACAGUUUGAAGAAAAGCAGUUGGGGGUUCCUAUUUACUGGGAUUAUUGGCGGGACGCUGGUGGCCGUGUAUGCCGUGGCCACACCGUUUCUAAUGCCAGCCCUCCGAAAAAUUUGUCUGCCUUUUGUACCUGCAACUACAAAGCAGAUUGAAAAUGUUGUGAAAAUGUUGCAUUGCAGAAGAGGAUCCCUGGUCGAUAUUGGCAGUGGUGACGGGCGUAUUGUGAUAGCAGCUGCAAAAGCAGGAUUCACAGCCGUUGGUUAUGAAUUAAACCCCUGGCUAGUUUGGUACUCCAGAUACCGUGCUUGGCAAGAGGGGGUGCACGGCUCUGCCAAAUUUUAUAUUUCAGAUUUGUGGAAGGUUACUUUUUCACAGUACUCAAACGUCAUUAUUUUCGGUGUGCCUCAGAUGAUGCCGCAGUUGGAGGAGAAACUCACGCUCGAACUGAAGGAUGACGCCAGAGUCAUUGCCUGUCGGUUCCCUUUCCCUCGCUGGACCCCAGACCACAUCACUGGGGAGGGGGUGGACACCGUGUGGGCCUACGACGUGAGCACUGUGAGAGGCAAGGGGCCCCGAAGACCUGUGCACUUCCAGCCGAUCAUUCAAAUGUAGACUUAAUUGAGCACGGUUUCCCAGGUGUU